CUAAUUGUCGUCAAAUACCCUAUCCCACAUCCCCUUCUACCCUAGUCAAAGUAUUUGGACUUGCGCCUCGAUCGAGUAGUUACCACGGUUUGUAAUACCCCGGCGUCGGUGCGAGAUCGGAAGGAAUCAGUGAUCAUCGACGACUCCGGUAAGAGUUAAUACGUCUCAAGUUUCUGUUUGAGAAAGAGAAACGUGUACACGUCUUUGUCUAUAUUGAGAAAUGGCGACAAGAGAGGAAUAUGUUUUCAAGGUUUACAACUCGAUGACACAACAGAAGGAGGUGUUUGAGCCCAAAGUGGCGGGCAAGGUGGGCAUGUAUGUCUGUGGUGUCACUACCUAUGACCUCAGCCACCUUGGCCAUGCUCGAGCAGCCUUGUCCUUUGACAUUCUCUACAGAUAUCUCCAACAAUUAGGCUACGAAGUGACUUACAUCCGGAAUUUCACAGAUAUUGAUGACAAGAUAAUCAAUCGAGCAAAGGAGCUUAAUGAAGAUCCAUUAGCAUUAAGCGGCCGCUUUUGUGAUGAAUAUCUUGUUGACAUGGAUGACCUUCAGUGCUUGCAUCCUACACAUCAGCCACGAGUGACUGAACAUAUGGAACAGAUUAUGAAAAUGAUAGACCAGAUUAUCAAUAAAGAUUGUGCAUACGUGGUUGAUGGAGAUGUAUUCUUUGCUGUUGAUAAUUUUCCAAAUUAUGGCCAGCUAUCUGGUCAGAGGCUUGAAAACAACAGAGCCGGCGAACGUGUCGCUGUUGACUCUAGGAAGCGCAAUCCUGCUGACUUUGCAUUGUGGAAGGCAGCAAAGCCUGGUGAGCCAAGUUGGCAAAGCCCUUGGGGUCCUGGAAGACCAGGUUGGCACAUCGAAUGUAGUGCAAUGAGUGCUUAUUAUUUGACCCACACCUUUGAUAUUCAUGGUGGCGGAAUUGAUUUGAUUUUUCCACAUCAUGAGAAUGAGAUUGCCCAGAGCUGUGCUGCAUGCGAGGAAAGCAACGUGAGUUAUUGGAUGCAUAAUGGUCAUGUCACAAACAACAAUGAGAAAAUGUCAAAAUCAUUGGGUAACUUCUUCACCAUUCGUCAGAUUACCGAAAGGUACCAUCCCCUGGCUUUGAGACACUUCUUGAUAAGUGUACACUAUCGUUCUCCUCUCAAUUUUUCAGUUCCGCAACUCGAAAGUGCAUCUGAGGCUGUUUUCUACAUUUAUCAGACUCUGCAAGAUUGCGAAGAUGCCUUACUACCAUUUAAAGAAGAGUUCAAGGAGGGUGCGGAACAAAAGGGCAAAACGGCCCGGGCUAAUGAUGAUGCCCAAAAAUGCAUUAAUAAGCUGCGUGAUGAGUUCCAGACUAAGAUGUCAGAUGAUUUGAACACUUCCCCUAUACUGACUGGUGCUUUUCUAGAUGCCUUGAAGUGCAUAAACAGUUCUUUAAAUAUGCUCAAGAAGAAGCUACAGAAGCAACAAAAAUCGAUACAUAUUCAAUCUCUCGUUCAAUUAGAGAAAGAGGCGAAGGAAGUUUUGGAAAUUCUGGGAAUGCUGCCACCUUGCACCUAUGCUCAGGUUUUGAUGCAGUUAAAAGACAAGGCAUUGAAGAGAGCAGGUUUAGUGGAAGAAGAUAUCUCUGGCUUCAUAGAAGAGAGAGCAGUUGCUAGGAAAAAUAAAGAUUUUUCAAGGAGUGAUCAAAUUCGUGCUGAUUUGACUGUCAAGGGUAUUGCCCUCAUGGACCUCGGAAACGAGACAAUUUGGAGACCAUGUGUUCCUGUUCAACAGGAUCAGGAGCAACCACAUGUAGCAGGCAGGUGAUGAUGGUUAACGAUCCGAAUGUUUCACACAAUACUAGAGGUAGUGAGAAAAUUUCUAAUCCUCGAUGACUAAGUUUCGCUUUCAGGUUUGUUAUGUUAAACCAUUUGAGAUGCAAUUAAUGGAUUGUUUAUACAAAUUUUGGGCAAAAUACCCAUCUUUGGAGUUUGUACCCAUUGAAGAAUUCACUGUUUUCUCUUAAAUUAAGUUAAAGACAUUUAAAUGUAAUUCUGCACCAGUAAUGUUUUCACAGCAGUUCUAUCA